AUGAAAACCAAUGGAAGCUUCAGUUCACCGUCUGAUUUCAUUCUCGUAGGGUUUUCAAACAUCCCGCAUCUACAGGUCCCUAUGAUUACCGCAUUUUUUGUCAUGUAUCUUAUUACGAUCGUAGGUAACCUCCUCAUCAUCGCCGUGAUUCUCUCUGAACCCAACCUCCACAAUUCUAUGUACUUCUUGCUAAGUAAUCUGUCCUUCGUUGAUAUCACGUACACCUCGGCGACCAUUCCAAAAGCGCUAUCCAACUAUUUAUCGGGAGACCCGUCAAUAUCCUUCGUCGGCUGUUUCACGCAACUUUAUUUGUUUGUUGCCUUUGCUAGUACGGAAUUCCUGUUGCUCACGGCGAUGGCUUACGACCGAUACGUCGCUAUAUGUAAACCCCUGCGGUAUUCGCAGAUCAUGAACAGAGAGGUCUGCCUUUUGCUUUCUGCGACCUCCUGGAUACUUGGCUUUGUAGACGCCGCGUUUUCCCGUUUCAUAUCCUUGCUCGAUUUUUGCAAAUCGAAUGUCAUUAACCACUUUUCGUGCGAUCUCCGCGCUCUCUUCACGCUUUCCUGCAGCAGCACAAAGACCAUUGAAACGGUCGUACUCAUCGAGUGUCUACUCAUCGGCAUGAGCUCCUUCAUGUUGACUUUAGUUUCAUACGUGCGCAUCGUAAGUGCGAUUUUCCAAAUAAAUUCAGCGUUUGGGAGGAGUAAAGCCUUUUCUACCUGCACAUCGCACCUGACAUCUGUUAUCCUUUUUUACGGAAGUAUGAUAUCGGUUUACGUUCGACCCGCGUCUGUGUCAUCUCUGGAGAAAGACAAGUUCUUUGCUGUGUUGUAUAUCGCCCUCAUCCCUACGCUUAACCCGCUCAUAUAUAGUCUGCGGAACAAAGAAGUCAAAAAGGCGGUGAGGAUAUUUUUCACCAGAAAAACUGGAAUUAUAUCUGAUGUAACUCUCGGCCUGAGAUCUUCAGUGAUCCCCACUCACUCUGGUUUUAUUAAAGAUCGAAGGAAAGCUGCACAAUGA